CCGCGGGGUUCGCUCGGGAGCCGCUUCCCUCCGGCUCCUGCGGCCGCAGCAGGCUCCGGCUGAUCCCGGGGACGCGGGAGAGCCGCGGCGGGGCUGGGGCUGCCGGCGCUGUGCUGUAAGGCCCAGCGUUUGCUAUCUCUGUGAGGCUACAGCGGCAGAUGCUCGGAGGAGAUGCCUACGUAACACACGUUGCCAGCAAUUGUACUGAAUACUUUGCUGCUGAACCAGUUGCUCAGGUACCCAGCCUGUCUCUGUUGCUAUGGGAGAUUGGAGGACUGUUACUGUGCCGCUGCUGUCAUCAGAUAGCAAAACUAAAUUUCCAUAUACCUCAGAACGGAAAUCUCCUACAAGCAUGAGCUCAGAAGUGCUACGCUUGUCACUGCCUUCAUCCAAAAGCAUGCACAGCUUUUUCAGUGCCUUCUGCACAGAAGAGAAUAUUGAACAGAGUAUAUCCUAUAUUGAUAGGGAAUUAACAACGAUGGGGUUUCCCUCUAUUUAUGCCGAGUCCAAAGGAAAAGAAUUAGAUUUAGUGUCUAUGGUCAACUGUAUGAAUGAAUUGCUUGUACUGCAGCACAAGAACCUCCGAGCUCAGGAAGAAAUAGAAAUACAGCAUCUGAAACUGGGAAGUGAUAUGGAUCACUUGCAGAACUGCUAUUCUAAGUUAAAGGAACAGUUGGAAUUAUCUAAAAGGGAAAUAGUUGGGCUUCAGGAAAGAGACAGACAACUGCAAAGCAAGAACAGAAAUUUGCACCAGUUACUUAAAAAUGAAAAGGAUGAAGUUCAGAAGUUACAGAAUGUAAUUUCAAGUAGAGCUACACAAUACAAUCAUGAUAUGAAGAGGAAAGAGAGAGAAUAUAACAAAUUAAAGGAGCGCUUACAUCAGUUAGUCAUGAAUAAAAAAGACAAAAAGUUAGCUAUGGAAGUUCUAAAUUAUGUUGGUAGAGCUGAUGGGAAGAGAGGUGCAUGGAGGACUGAUAAGACAGAAGCCAGAAACGAGGAAGAAAUGUACAAAGUUCUGUUAAGUGAUUAUGAACAACGCCAAAAACAGCUUUUACUGGAAAAUACUGAGCUAAAGAAAGUUCUUCAGCAAAUGAAGAAAGAUAUUAUUUCACUUCUUCCACCACAGAAACAAAAACCUAAAGAAAGAUCUGAAGAUGGGCUGGUGCUGUCAGACCAGGAGGAAGAUAUUGGAGAAUUAAAUAAAGAGAAUAUGUGGGAAUUAUCUUGUGAAACUGUGCGGGAACAGCUUACCAAUAGCAUUAGGAAGCAGUGGCGAAUGUUGAAAAAUCACGUUGAAAAGCUGGAUAACCAAGUGUCACGUGGACAUUCAGGAGCUUUGAAUGAAAAAGAUGUCAUUUCAAGAGAAGACCAUGAGCUAGAAACUGGAAAGUUAGAGUUAGAGAUUCAGCAAUGUAAAGAAAUGAUCAGAACUCAGCAACAGCUCUUACAGCAACAGCUUACAUGUGAUGAUGACACCACUCUGUUACUACAAGACUGCUAUUUGUUGGAAGAAAGAGAGCGUCUCCAGGAAGAAUGGAGACUAUUUCGAGAGCAAAAGAAGAAUUUUGAGAAGGAACGAAAAAGUUUUACAGAAGCUGCUAUUAGAUUAGGACUUGAGAGAAAGGCAUUUGAGGAAGAUAGAGGAGCAUGGCUGAAGCAUCAGUUCUUAAGUAUGACUGCUGAUUGCAAGUCUGAAAAUGCAACAACUCCAAGUGCCUUCUUAAGAAGUUCUGACACAGACCUUCGUUUAGUGAGAUCUGCAUCUCAGCAAAAAAGACCUCCCUCUGUGUUGAGUACUACUGCUUCACCAGAGCCUUGCCAGAUAUCCCAGUACAUUACACAAAACAGUGUUGCAUCAGAAAAACCUGGUGCAGAUUACAUGCCAAAUCUGUGGGUGGAAAGUGAUGACAAAGAAGAAACUGAAGAAUGCACAAAGACAUGGGAAGACUCUGGACUUGACACUCUAUGUAGAAACUUGCACAUGGAACAGCUGCCUUAGACUUCUAGGGUUGCCUGCUGGGAUUUUUGUUAGAGACUUGUUCAUAAACUUAUCAUUCUAAAUGAAACAGAAUGCUGUGAGUUUGAUCAUUCUUCUGGAGGAUUAUGUGGUGAUCUGAAUCGUGGUGUGUUUCUAUGUGUGUGCACAUGGCUUUUAUUUUUUAGACCAUUUUUUGCCUCUUUCUUGCAACUCUUGAAAGAAAAUUUAAGAAUAUAUAAAAGCUUUGAUAUUUUUCUAGUAACAGAAACUCUAGUUCUGUGAAUAAAGCAAUGGUCUGAAACUUUGACUGUAAUGAAAUACUGGAUCCUAAUGUUACCUUUCAUCACAGGCAGAGAUAGCACUUUUAGAAAUUGUUUAAUUAUUGGAAACAUGCAUUUAUGUCUCAAGUGUAACUGGCAUUAAAUCCUUUUUUGCCUCGACUUGAAUGUACAGUAUACUGUAGAUUUUUAACAAAACAGGUUCUAUAUUUAUUGUGUGAUUUGAAAAUACCUCUUUGAUAUCUCAAUGAUUUAAAGUGCAAAUCUUUAUAUAUUUGUAAAUAGAACAAGUGGUUAUGCUGAGAAACCAUGAAAUGAAACACAUGCAUACAUAAAUAUUAUUUUACAUGGCAUUUUAAAUUGUUUUCUAGUGAUACUCAGUUUACAGAUCCAUUGGGACUUUCAGUGGUUCAGUCAGGAACCAAAGUAUUUCAAAUGUGAACAAUAAACGUGUAAUUCUAUUC